UAAGCAUCCUGGGGAAAAUUGAUCCAAAACAAAAUUCGGCCAUUGUUGGUAGAUUUCCCGUUCUAAAAACAAAAACAAUAAACAUUUUCUCGUCAUGCUUUCUAAAAAGAAGGACAUCAUCAAGUAAACAACAACAACAAUCGUUGUCCGUAUUUCUAGCGAAGUAACUAUUUCCGAUUAUAUAUCCGCCCAUUUCGUGAAAUCCGGAUUCCAUGGAACCGUCGAAGUGAAAGGAUAAAGUAAGUAUGGCGGAAAAUGUGCUAGAUGUUUAUGCUGAAUACUCAAGCUAUGAUGGCACUGAGAAAGGUCGCUUGAGCCUAGAGAUAUCUUCAUGGAGGACCAAACUCGUAAGGGAUUUGAAAAAUGUCAUUCAAAAACAGCUGAAAAUCCCGAGAUGCGAUCAAACACUAACAUACCGUGAGCAAGUUCUCUCGGACGAUUCGGUGCUCCUUUCAAGUUUGUAUCUGCGAGAGAAAGAUGUGCUACAACUUCAAUUCCUCGCAAGUGGGAAGCUGGACGAGAUGAAUGAGCUUAUCUCCAAUCUCAAAGAGUUCGCAGAGGCGAUCACGGAUGAUUCGAAAAGACACGAUGAAAUUCUAACUCUAGUAGAAUCCAGAUGUGAAUCUACAAGCGAAGACGAAGAGGAUGCAAACCCUUUGUUUCCGAUGUCCAAAUAUGAUCUUGUCCUCAGAGCACUUGAAAACUUGGCUUUCAUGUACUUCAUUCCUUGGAAAAGCAACCAAUCGACUGCACAAAGACAUUACUUUGUACAGGAGGGAGGGUUUGGCACUUUUCUUAUUGUGUUUACUUUCUCACACAAAAGAUACCAGAUUGAUUCUAACACCAGUAAACCCAAAAGGUCCUGGUACCGGGCUACUAAUGAACCAUCUAACUUGGAGCGAAGACUAGCACAUUAUAACAAUGAACAACAAAUGCUAGAGAUGCACUGCCUUAGCCUUCUCUGGAACUUUUCUGAGACUAGUCAUGACAGGCUACAUGCUAUGCGCCGUGGUGCUGUGGAGAAAGUUGUUGACGCCUUGCUAUUGGACCCACAUAUGCAAGCACCUGAAGAAGAUGAUUUUUGGGUGACAGUCAGUCUGAAUGAGACGGCUGUUGGGUGUCUUGUCCAAUAUGCAGAAUUCACAGGGACUCAAGAAGCCAUAGCCAAGGACAGAGCAACUGUCAACAAACUCAUAACAAUGGUCGAGUGCCGAUUACAUGACACAACAACAUCAUACUAUUCUAUGUACUCCAGUCAAAUUGCUGCAAACACCCUGUUUUGCUGCGCUUCAAGUGUCAGGUCACCUAUUGAUCUUGUGAGAAGUGGGGUUCAUGUGCGCAUGAUUGAGUUAACAAGGAAGCUGCUGGCCAAACAGAAUGACAUGGCAAUAAGGUAUUAUUGUUGUAUAUUCCUGGGUAGAGUACUCUGCUGUCCUCUCAUCAAGUUGGACUCAAACACCAUCAAAGAUAUCGACAAAUUGCUGGACAAAUUCAUGUCUUUACAUAAACCCGAAGACAUUUCUGCCUGGGAGGAAAAACACAACUAUGUCUGGAUUACAAUGGUGCCUUUCAUUACCCUGGCAUUUGCAGGGGGGCAUUCAAUCAGGCUUAAAUAUGACACAGUACCAACUCAUGCAUUGCCAUGGUUACCUGGUUCGCCUGCCACUCAGCGCCUGGGGUUAUUCUGCUUACGUCAUAUGUUUGCCUCUCCUGAAAACUGUAGCCUGGUUAGGAAGGAAAAACUUCUCCCAUAUCUGGUCUGCCUGAAGCGGUAUUUGGAUGGCAAAGAGAGGGAAGCUUUGGAUCACUGCUUAAGACUCUUUUCUCCUCAUGAACCUCCUGCAUUGAGUGCUAUCGCCAAGGCAACAUUAGCCCUUAUAAGGGGCUUCCAGCCCACCUUAAAGAUGUGAGAUGUCACCAUGACAACUCUGGCAGCCUUCUGCCUUGGAUCAUUAAGACUUCCCUAGCUCUAAAUAAGGGGGCUUACUAGAUAGCAUUGAGUUGUGAAAAAGAACAAACUGUGUUAAAAAAAAACAGUUUUUUUUUUCAAAGACAUAUUUGUAUAGGCCUCAGUUUUGACCACCAUAGAAUCAAUUUUCAGGAUAUUCUUGAAAACAAAUGUUGAAGAUGAAAAUGUUGAUAUAUAAGAAUUUUAUUUACAUUUAUGUUGACAAUUACAAAGAAAAAAGAUAUAAUUAGAAAUAUUUAUUGUAACAAUGCAUGAAUUUAUCCCAAACUCUACCAUGUCCAUAUUUUUUAAAUAAAAUGUCAAUACUAAUAAAAGAUGUGAGACAAA